CCUCGCUUCUCUCUUUCCUCCAUCCUACAUCUCACACUCUAGUCCACCUGCAUUGACAGACGCCCAUACCUACACCUAUACCACAGGUCACCCAAAAGCAACCCAAGAGAUCUACCGUAGCACCAAUCGCAAACAUGCAGGCCGUCAGACAGAAGAUCAAGAGAGCUCUCAGCAUGCACGACAAGGAGACCAACUUCGACGAGCACGAAGAGCUCGACGAGGAGACUACUGGUCACCUUCACAAGCAGCUCGAAGAGGCUGAGGCUGAGGACUCCAAGUACCCUCAAGGCAGACCCGGCUCCUUCCUCAACCGUCUCAUCUCGCACGGCAACAAGAAGACCGAAGACCAGAUCGCUGCCGAGAUCGCUGCUGGCCCUCAGGCUUCCACCACUGGUCUCCAACAGCGCCCAGCUGGUCUGCAGCCUGAUACCACCACCGCUCCCAAGCCUUCUCACCCAUGAUUAACGACCACCGAAAUCAAGUCCCACAACAUCCGUCAGCACAAUGUUACUGCAUGCACAAACACCUGAGACAGACAGACAGACGAACAGC